CUCUUUCUUUCUUCUCUGGAAUCUUCUGGAUUUUCAAUUUCGGUGACACAAGCCAAACCAAUGUGUAUGUGUGUGCAUCGUAUAUUAUCUGUCUCGUCUUUCCGUCGUCGAAAUUAUUAUUAUUGCUCAAAUUAUUUUAGUUUUCUAUCGAUCAUCAUAAACACAAAUACAUACUCUCUCUCUCUCACACACACACAUAUAUAUUACAUACUCUCAAAUAAAUAAAUAACGAGAUAACGACAAAUUGUUGCAUUCGUCUGCUUUUUUAUCAUAAUAAUUGGAUAUUAUCAUAAAAAUAAUAUAAUAAUAUAUAUAUGAGAAUUGCAAUGGAAGUUACGUUAUCGGAAUUUAUAGCCAAAACUUCAUGCGAUCCCGGUCUAGCACAAGAUUUAUUAAAUCAUCAUGGCUGGAAUUUAGCAGCAGCAUUGAAAAGCUAUUAUCCAAUGAAUGAUAUAAUUACAUCGACGUCUUUGACGGAUCAUAAUGAUGAUGAUGAUGAUGAUAAUGCUGUUAAAAUGAAUGGUUCGAAUUCAAAAGAAUCAUUAGCAACAACCAUACCGCCCCUAACAACAUUGAAUGAAAUAAAUGGUCAUUGUUGUAAUCAUUUAAUGACAAAUGUUAAGGAUACGUUUCUAAUACCGAAUAAAUGUACAUCCGAACCAUCACUAUCAUCACAAUCAUCCGAUGCAUGUGAUUCAUCUGUGCUGUCAACACCGACUAAAUUUACAUCGUUCAAAUAUCAUCGUAAUGGAGAUUCUUUUCCAGAUAAAAAACUAAGCCGCGGUAUAUCACGAGCUUCGGAUAAUGAAAAUCUCAUUUCGAAAGCACGAUUAGAAGUAGCCGAAGAUUUCAAAACAUCACAUCGUGGUAGUCGCCUGUUGAAUAUUGAUAAAUUGAUUGAAACACCAGAAUUUACUUUUACAUUACCCGAUAUACAUAGACAUGAAGAUGAAUUCUAUGAAUUUCUUCGUAAAGAUUUGAUUGAAAAAUCUGCGAAAGCAUCGUUGGAAUCAUCUAAAAGGCUGAAUUGGUGGUCAGAUAUAUGUCAUCGUUUAUAUCCUCUAGUCACUACAGGUGAUGGCAAUUGUCUGUUGCAUGCUGCUUCAUUGGGAAUGUGGGGCUUUCAUGAUCGAGGUCUCAUCCUACGAAAAGCGCUUCAUCUUAUGUUGGCCAACAGUUCAUAUACACAAGCAUUUUAUCGUCGUUGGCGUUGGCAAACACAUUUUCAGAAUUCCAAAGCCGGUCUAUCAUUAUCCGAACAUGAAUGGGAAAAGGAUUGGGAUUCAAUCGUACGUCUGGCGUCGACUGAACCAAGAUCGAAAAAUUAUGAUUCUAGUAAUGAAAUGACCGGUGCUGGUGGUAAAAAAGCACCACAGGAUGAAUAUGAAGAGAAAUCCUACAUAUAUGAAAGUUUGGAAGAAAUUCAUAUAUUUGUAUUGGCUCAUGUAUUACGAAGGCCAAUCAUUGUCAUUGCUGAUACGAUGCUCAAAGACUCAAAGGGUGAAGCAUUUUUCCCUAUACUCUUGGGUGGAAUCUAUUUACCGCUUGAAUGUCCUGAUGAUUGCCUGAUGAAAUCACCGCUCUGUUUGACAUUUGAUGCGGCACAUUUUUCAGCGCUAGUAGCAAUGAACAUUGAAUCACCAUUGAUUAAUUCGAAGGAAUGUCUACCAUGGGCAAUACCAUUAAUGGAUGUUGAUCACAAUGUUCUUCCAUUACAUUUCGCUAUCGAUCCGGGUAAAGAAGUUUUCAUCGAAAAUAAUAAAUCAAACAUUGAUACCACCCUCAAUGAUCUGGCCAAGACAUUAGUGUUAACCGAACAGGAUAAAAUUGAAUUAUUGAAAAAAUAUUUCGACAUUCUGACACUCGCACAUAAGAAAGAAAAUUGUAUUGAAAAAGAAAUACCCAUCAUUGUUACAUCGGCUGCCUCUGAUGUUGCAACUGAUUCUUCAACUUCAAUUCCUGCAAGUCUUCCAAAAACAAGCACAACAAAACAAUUAACUGAAAAAUCGCAAACACUUCCAUCUAAUUUUGGUCGUAAAAAUGGUGAAUUUUCCUCAUUGAUCAAUGGAGGUGGUGGUGGUGGUGAUGAGCGAUAUAAAUCUCGAGCCAAACAAUUAUUACAGAAACCAUUUCAAACAUUUGGAAAAAUGGGCAAGAAAAUUAAACGCAAUCUUGGCCAUCUGGCACGACGGUCAACAUCAUUUCGAUUGACAGGAAAAUCCUCUAUGGAAAAUGGUCCAAUCGAAGUGAUUGAAGAAAAUGAACAUAAUAAUGACGAAUCAAAUACUGCCAAUGAUAAUCAAUCUACUAUGAACAGUAACAACAAAAUCAAUCGAAUCGAAUCGAUAAUCAAUACAGAUAAUUCAAUUUUUUAUUGCGAUACAAAUGUUUUAGCUGCCAAAUUAUAUAUGAACAAAAAAUUAUCCUAUCAUGAUGAAUUAAUCAAGAAUUAUCUAACUACAGCACGUGUACGGUUUGAAAAUGAACGUGAACAACGACGAUUAAAAGAAGCGGAAAAAGCAUCGACAGCAGCAGCUGAAAAACAAACAGCAUCUAAAUCAUCGAUUACAUCAACAAUAAGUUCAGCCUCUUCUUCCUCAUCAUCAUCGUCAUCUUCCGCUUCAUCGCUUUCGGAUGCUGAAUCUAUUUCAAAACUUGAUCAAAUCGAUAACUCAUCAUCGAAUUAUUAUUAUAAUUGUGUAAACAAUGGCUGUGAAUCUAAAUCAACACCGGAAACAAAUUAUCUUUGUCGAUCAUGUUUUGAUGAACAGAAAAAAGCUUUGCUCAGUAAUGGUUUCGGUUCAAAGUCAUCAGACAUUAUCGAUGAUAAUGGAAUAAAACAACCACAAGAAAAACAUGUUAAUGUUGAAAAACCACCGAAACUUGAAAAAAUCAACAAAAUAAUGGAAGGUGAUGAUGAUGAUGAUGAUGAUAUUACAAGACAAAAAUUAUCGAAUCAAAUUUCAACAAAAACUACCGCUGCUGCUGUUGCUGCUGCUACCGCCACUACAAACGAUCGUUGCAUCACGAAUGUGUGAUAUUUAUCCAAAUUCAUCAUUAUAAUCGAAAAAUUUUUAUUUUUUCAGGAACCGAAACACCCUCCUCCUCAUUUGCUCGAUAAACAUAAACACAAGUACACAAUUGAUACAAUCAAUCAAAACAACAACAACAACAACAAAAACAAAAGAUAUUCACACCCUGUAUUUUGUUCAACCAAUUAAUAUACAAACAUCCACUAAUGAGGAUCAUUUCAUAUUAUAUAAUUAAUAAUAAUGACCAUAUACUAUAUA